CAGCCGCUCCUCUCUAACCCCACCUCUCAUCUCACAAGCUAGCUAGUUGCUGUAGCUGCCAUGGCCAGGGAUCUCGCCUUCGUCCUCCUCGUCCUUGCCGCGCUAGCCGCCUUCUCGUCGGCGACCAAGCUGACCGUCCACAACCUCUGCCCGCACCCGGUCUGGCCGCUCGUCACCCCCAAUGCCGGCCUUCCCUCCAUCUCCGACAACACCGCGCGCCUCGACACCAACGCGAUUCUCUCCCUCACCUUCCCGUCCACCUUCUGGGCCGGCCGCGUCGCGGCUCGCACCGGCUGCGACGACGGCACGUCGCCGCCGCGCGGUUGCUUUACGGGCGACGCGCCGCCGUCCACCGUCGCCCAGAUCACGGUCCACGACAGCGGGAACCUGGACCUCGCCGCGUACAGCGUCAGCCUUGUAGACGGGUUCAACGUGCCGAUGGUGUUGAGCCCGCAGGCCAUCGGCGGCGGGCAGUGCCCGGCGCUCGGCUGCGCUGUGGACCUCAACUGCGACUGCUCUCCGGACAACCGCGCCGCCGAAGGCACCGCGUGCCGCGGGCCCGCGGGGUACUUCAAGAACCGUUGCCCGCUCACCAGGACGACGCCGACCGACGUGGAGCCCGUGCCGCAGAGCUGCCGCGCGCCCGGGGAGCUCAAGAUCAUCCUCUGCCAGUCGUCCAUGCUCCAGUGCGGCGCCGCGGCGGCGGAGGGCGCCGACAUGGUCAUCCGCACGGUCGUCGCCGACAACUAGAGCCCGGAGCUCCGUGUCGUCCUUCUCGCUUUGCCGUACUUCUACGCCAUUCACGAUCCGUGCGUACGUUUUACAAAUGUUGCAGUUAAAUGUUUGUAUUGAGAUCUUAGGUUUCGUCAUCUGUAAUUCUGGCGGUGUAGCUGGUACUGAGCUAAGCCAUCCGAGUGCAAGGAAAAUAAUGCGAGUGAUUUUCUUCUUGUAA